ACUACAGAAAAUUAUUAGUUCUAAUUCUAGUUCAUUACAAAACCCUAUUGUUAUAAUUUUAAAAAAAAUAUUUAAUUUAGUUUUUACUUAAUUAAUAAAAUGUGAAUCUUUUAUUAUUAUUAUUAUUAAUCAAGAAUUAUAAAAGCUAAAGUAUUAAAUAGAAAUAGAAAUAGAAAUAAUGAUGGCUGCUACUUGUUGUGUUUGUCGACGUCAUUUGUCAAAGGAAAUCGAUAAAAAGAACAUCUUCAAAAAUAGUCUUGUGAUUAAAUCUAAUUUAGAUAAAACCGAGGAAAAAUGUACAUCAAGUGAAAAAAUGAGGUUAUACUCGGCAAUAGAAUUAAUCAUCGGGCGAAAGCUAUCCAAAUCCAAAGGAUCACAAUUCAAUAUCUGCGAUCAAUGUUAUCGAAAAUUGGAAGAUUUAAUAAAUUUCCGAGCUCAAAUGUUGAUAUCUUUUGGAACAACAUUUCAAGAACAAAAUUCUUGUUUAUCUAUGCAAGAAAUAAUUUCAAACAGUAAAAGAGAAAAACCAGAAGAAUAUUCCAAAGACAAUUAUCUAAAUUUUAAUGAAACAUCGAAUUGUCCUAAACAAACAGAUAAUCAAUUGGUUUCAGAUGAUCUAAUAAAUGUUGAUGAAAACAGUGAUUCAAUUGAUUUUACAACUAUUUACAAUUACAAUGAGAAUAAAAAUGAUUUAAAAAAUAGUAGCAAAUUAAAAACAGAUCAAAGAAAUAACAAUCUAAACGAUUCGGAUUCUUCGAAUGAUAAUAUAGAUGUUCUAAAUUGUGUUGAUAGUCCUACACGAAUUUUAAAAAAUGAUAUUGAAUCAGACAUUGAUGUCUGUUCCGGUGAAGAUGAUGAAAUUUUAGAAAUAGAAGCCACUAAAAGAAAUGUAAUUUUAAAAGAAUCUGAAAAUUCAUCCGAUUCUGAAAUUGAAGUUUGCGAUUAUGAGCCAAUUGGAAAACGAACAAGAAAUUUCAGUGCUGUUCAUUCAUCGAUUAACAUUUAAAUGUUUAAAUAUAAAAAUUCAUUUCAUGAAUCAAGUGGAAUAUUUCGUUUUGUAUCAAUAAGGUGUGUGUACAAAAAAAAAAAUUUAUUUAAUAUUUCUCUAUAGUAGAAAUAAUUUCUGCAUUUGUAUUUGUGUUCUAUGUUUACUAAUAUUUAAUCUAAAUUAAACUAUUAAAUUUAAUAAUGCUGAAUCUAAAGUACAAAUUAAACCAUAAGAAAAUGGACAAAUUUUAUAAAUCUGACAACGUUGUCUUUAAAUUUACGUGUUGUUAUGUAUUAUUAGUAUUAUAAAUGAAAAUUACUCUUAAGAAAUUUAAUAAGGAUAAAUAAUCUGUGAUAAAAAAAACUUGAAUCAAAAAUAUUUUUAUCACUAAAUAUUACUAUUAAUUUUUUUCACUUUAAUCUCCGACAAAAAAACUUCUUUUGUUUUUAUAACCAAUGUUUGCGUUUAUUACUAUCUUUUGUAAAUAAUUAAAAU